AUGGCCAGGUUUCUCGAUGCCCAUGACACAGCGACUACAAUCCUCAACGUCCAGGCUCUUCUUCGACCCGAGGGCAUGAGAAAGUCAGCUUACGAUAUACAUGAGAUACUCCUGCACGGAGGGAUAGUCGGUGCUGGAAUUUCGGCGCGAGACUUUAUGCACAGCCAUUUCAGGUUCAAGGUUUACGCAUGUCCCGGCGAUCAAGCAGCCGCUUACAUUAGCUCUCGGUCCUGUGACCUCAAUGUGCAUUCCAGCGCUGCUUUUGUAAAGAUCAGGUCGUGGGUGGCGGACUGUGAUACCCACCACCAAUCUUGUCCACGCCCGGUGCCCGUGCCACUGCCAACACGCGUACUUGAUCUGCAAAACCAAAACACAGUCAGAAUACACGAGGCACAAACCGAAUACGGCCAGUAUGCCGCCCUUAGCUAUUGCUGGGGCAGUAACUCACAAUCCGGAACUCCUCUAUCAAAUGAUCGCCCCACAUGUCUAGCAACUUCGGCCCUUCCGCGUACUAUUCAAGACGCAAUUACGGUUACGAGGCAAAUUGGUCUCAAGUAUCUUUGGGUCGACGCAUUCUGUAUCAUCCAGGACUCAGUUGAAGACAAAGGCGCCGAAAUCGGACAGAUGGCGCAAUACUACCAGAAUGCUUCAGUCACCAUCAUCGCAGCCAACGCGCGUAGCUCCGACAAAGGCUUUUUAGCAUCGAACACUCAACCACGUUGCCUAGAACCGGAUGUCGUGUCAUACCAAUUCCAACUUUCAAUGGCUUUCCCAGACGAUGUGGUGGAUCUUAUUAGCGCUGAGUAUUGCAUCUGGGAUAACGGCGCCUCUCCCGAACCCUUGGACCGCCGUGCUUGGGCUUAUCAAGAACAAAUUCUCUGCCGACGGGCUUUGACAUACGGCACAUCAACCAUGACUUGGCGAUGUGAACAAGGCAUACAGGGAUGGAACUCGUGGUUACGAAAACAUCAAAGUGUAGUAGCCAAGGUUCUUCCCAAACACAGCAGCCAGUACCCAUAUAAGGAAGCCUGGAAAAACAUGGUAGCCGUCUAUAGCCACCGCAAUCUCACCUUUCCAGAGGACAAGCUACCUGCCAUCUCAGCACUGGCAAGCCAGAUUCACCACCUCUCCGUCCAGUCUGGAGGCGGGCCUGGAAGAUACCUCGCAGGGCUUUGGGAAGAUGAUCUGCUUGAUCAGCUGAUCUGGUUCGCAGCUCCAAGAGAGAGUCACCCCGUGCAGUGCAUCCCGUACCGCGCCCCAAGCUGGUCUUGGGCGUCAGUCGAGUGUCCGGUUCUCUUUCUUGACCCACGUAGUGGUUUGACCCUUGGUGCACUCCAAAGCACGAAGGUCUUGCACCUGGAGAUCAUCGACUGCGGUGUGACACUCCGCUCUGCCUUGGUGCCACUGGGCCAAGUUACUGCGGGCCGGCUGCGUGUACGAGGUCGUCUGGUUCACGGGAGCAGAGUUCCAAACCCGGAGGCUUGGCUGCUAGGUGCAUUCCGAGGUACGAAUUCCGAUGUUGUGCUGAAGUUGGAUUGCUAUAGCAUCGGUGACAAGGCUGGUCUUUCGAAAGCGCGGUCAUGUUGGUGGCUGCAGGUGCAACACCGCCAUGGCUUGGUCUUGGAGCAUGUUGACGGCGCAAUUUACAGACGCGUUGGUUGCGUGGUUAGAAACUGGCCUGAGUCUAGCGAAGAAAGACGCAUUAUCGAUCUUAUUUGA